GCUCCUGACUGGAACGCAUCCAACGUGGACCUGACGUGUCGUUCCCAGCACUGACGUCUCAGGUCCUCGAUGAAGACCGGAAAGGAAAUGGAAAGUAGGUGAUGGCAUCAUGAACGAGUGCAGAAGUGAAGCAGAGAUGGAGGUGAUUGAGGUGGUGGAGAGUCAGCUGAAGGAGCCCGCACACGGGACAGACCGGGACAGGGACAGACCGGGACAGGGACCUGGAGGAGGCAGCAGCCGCUUAGCGCAGCUCAGCAGCGGGGCAGGAGGACGACGGACACCGCGCUGCACCUGCCGGGGACCCGCAGCAGGCAGGCAGGGAGGGAGGAGGAGAGGAGAGGAGAGGAGAGGAGAGGAGGAACCAGAGGAGGACCCAGAGGAGGAACCAGCCGCUCCUGCUCCAACUUUUCCUCCACUUGUCGGACUUUUGACUCCAGACAGCCGGGACCAUGCGCGCGGAUCACAGAGUCUCUGUCUGUGCGUAAAGGUGUUUAUUUCCCUGAAGAAAGAAACACACUUCAGAAAGAGGACAACACAGAAAAUGACUUCUUUAAUUCCAGAGCAGUGAUUCAUCUCCUGAUAAAGAGAGAGAGAAAGAGAGAGUCUCUGUCUGUGCGUAAAGGUGUCUCAGAGAGUUGGAGGUGUUUGAACAAACUUUGAAGAGAGUGAAUCAGAGUCGUUUCUGCUCCUGGUGGACUGAGACUGAACUCGACUGAACCGGCCCGGUUCCUCCCGGUCCUUCCCGGUCCAGCAGCACCAUGCCUCGCCCGGGGAGGAACACGUACAGCGACCAGAAGCCUCCGUACUCCUACAUCUCCCUCACGGCCAUGGCCAUCCAGAGCUGCCCGGAGAAGAUGCUCCCCCUCAGUGAGAUCUACAAGUUCAUCAUGGACCGGUUCCCGUACUACCGGGAGAACACGCAGCGGUGGCAGAACUCUCUGCGCCACAAUCUGUCCUUCAACGACUGCUUCAUUAAGAUCCCCCGCAGACCGGAUCAGCCCGGGAAGGGGAGCUUCUGGGCUCUUCACCCGAGCUGCGGGGACAUGUUUGAGAACGGGAGUUUUCUGCGGCGCAGGAAACGGUUUAAGGUGGGCAGCAUGGGCGGCCUGCAGGCCCCGGACCCGCUGGCGUCCAGCAAGUCCCAGGACGCGGCUCACUUCCUGCAGCAGCAGGCCAAGCUGCGGCUCAGCGCGCUGCACGCGGCCGCGCACCUCCCGCAGACCGGAUACAGCCUGAGCUCCGCGCCGCCGCCGUCCGGGUUCAAACACCCGUUCGCCAUCGAGAACAUCAUCUCCAGGGAGUACAAGAUGCCCUUCAGCACAUCCGGGUACCCGCUGCAACACCAGCUGGCCCCGGCCUGGACUCACAUGUACGGGUCCAGCAUGAUGGACCCCGCGGCCCCCAUCUCCAUGGCAACCACAGACUACUCGGCCUACAUGCCGCUGAAGUCGCUCUGCCACGGACAGACUCUGCCGGCCAUCCCGGUGCCCAUCAAACCCACGCCCACCUCCAUGGGCCUGCCGGGGCUGCCCACACACAUCCCGGCCUUCCUGGCCAACUCUCCCCAGUCCCUGAGCCCCACGACCCCGCAGAGCAGCCCGGCCGCGCCCGGGGAGCAGCUUUCCUCCUCCACGGUGACGGUGCACUGACCAGAGACCAGAGCCUGAACUCUUUUUAUAAAAACACUUCAGAAAGAGGACACAACAGACAAAUGACUUCUUCAAUUCCAAAGCAGUGAUUCAGAGAGAGAGAGAGAGAGAGAGAGAGAGAGAGAGAGAGAGAGAGAGAGAGGGAGAGACAUCUUUUUAUUUGUUUGUUUAUUUUCCUGAAAAAAAAAAAACAUUUCAGAAAAAGGACAAAACAGAAAAUUACUUCUUUAAUUCCAAAGCAGUGGUUCGGAGAGAGAGAGAGAGAGAGAGAGAGAGAGAGAGAGAGAUCUUUUUAUUUGUUUGUUUAUUUCACUGAAAAAAAAAAACAUUUCAGAAAAAGGACAAAACAGAAAAUUACUUCUUUAAUUCCAAAGCAGUGAUUCAGAGAGAGAGAGAAAGAGAGAGGGAGAGACAUUUUUUUAUUUGUUUGUUUAUUUCUCAUCCUGCAUGUUUCCUGUAGAGAGACAGCAGGCUGACCUCUGACCUCCAGCAUCAUCUGAUAAAUCAUAGAAUCAGUUUGGUUUCAGUCUGAAGUCUUCCGGCCUGGUCUGAGUCCUGCAGCGCGCCCUGAGUCUGAGCCCGUUUUCGGGUCGUGUUGGUGACAAAUGAUCCGGGUCUUUUGUGUUUGAAGUCUUUUCUUCUCAAAGUGAAAGAGAACUCUCAGAUUAAUGGCUGCUAAAGAUUCCUCCUCUCGGGCCUCUCUGCUGCUUCUUUCUGCGCUGGAAACAAAAGUUCAACCAGAGAAGGAAGUUAAUUUUUCACACCUGCAGGAUUCAGACAACACCGUCCACAGUGAUCCAAACGACCUGCCUGAACAGCAGUGGAGGGUUUCAUUUUUGCAUUUUGAAUUAUUAAAGUUCAAAGUGGGAAAAAAGCAGAAACGAACAUCCUGCUUUCGUUUCUUUUUUUACCUUAAAUUUAAUUUUAUUCUUAAACUUCUUUCAAAAUGCAAAAAUAAAAUCCUCCUCCUCUCUUUUUGGUCCGACCCUCUCACUUUUUAAACUCCCUUAUUUUACCUUUGUGUAUUUUUGAAAUCCAGGAGAACAAUCGCAGAGAAAGGAGAUGAAUGAGACUUGAAAUGAUAUAUUUAUGUCAGAGCUUCUGUUUCAAAAGAGAACACUGCAGAUGUCCGAUGGAGGAUCCGUCUCUGAUGCACUUUUUAAAAUAAGGAAACUAGAUGUUUUUUAUGGGGACAGCCGUGUGUGUGUCGUGUUUUUUUAAAGCUGUAAAAUGACCUGCUGUCUGUGUGUUUGUACUGCUGCAUGCUCCUCCUGUCUGAACAAGUGAAACCUUUCAGUGUUUGUGCGUCUCUUUGGGGCUGAAAGCAUAAAAAGCAUAAAAAGCAUAAAAAGCAUGAACAUGGACGCUGGGCUUUUUAUUCCCUGAGCUCUGUCUGCUCAUCCACAUCCACCAGAACAGCAGAGAAGAGGCCUGUUACACACACACACACACACACACACACACACAGAGUUACAUCAUUUCACAGAGUUUCUCUUUAAUCUGAGUUUUUUAUUUUUGGUAACAAAAUCUAGAAAAUGUCAGAUUUUCAGGAGCUUAAAAAAAACAAACUAUUUAAUUUCUGUUUUUAAAAACAGCGUGAACAUUUCAGAUUUUAUUCAAAGGAAAGAAAACAGAUCAAAUAAACCUUCCUCGUUCACUGUCACUUUAUGAAUCAUGACACAUUGAUCACAUUCGUAGUCGUGCUUCAUUUCUCUGUUCUGGACUUCUCUGAAAAACAAAGCUGUGGGUUUUUUAUAAUUUCAGUUCUGUCGUGUUUCAGCCUCCGUGAUGAUUCUGUUUAAGCUGAAGAAUUCUCUCGACAUGCAGCGACAUGCUUUGUGUGUAAAUCCUUCAAAAGGUGCAAAAAACCUCAGAUCUGAACCGCUUCACCCGACGGUGACUCAAACUCUGAGACAUUAAAAUGUUUUCAGCCGAGUUAUUCACGUCAAACAUCCUCAACAAGGUGGAGGCGUUAUAGAUAUCCCACCACACAUGAACCGCUGCAGCAGACGUUACUCAAUAAUGUUACACAGCACAGAAAAACAUGUUUCUUCAUCGUCAGUGCCGACAGAUUUUCACUGGAACAUUUUCAAAUAAAAUUAA